AUGUCAAAACUCUCUGACUACCGCCUGUUGUGCUUCGAUGUUUAUGGGACCCUAGUCGACUGGGAAUCUGGGAUCGUGAACGCCUUCCAGCCGAUCCUCGAUAAGAACAAUUCGUCUAUUUCACGCGAGCAUCUUCUGUCCGUUUACCAUGAACUUGAGCAUGAGCAACAGGGUUUGACACCUGAUAUGCCAUACUCCGAACUUUUAGCAAAGAUCCAUCCCAAACUUGUCCAGCGACUCUCCCUCGCCCCGCCGACCGAGGAAGAGAGUAUCGCUUUUGGCGAAUCAGUCGGGACAUGGCCGGCCUUCCCCGACACAGUCGAUGCUCUCAAGCGACUGUCCAAGCACUACAAGCUGGUUGUCCUGUCAAACGUGGACCGGGAAUCAUUCGCCAAGACGAACGCGGGGAGUCUGCAGGGGGUCAAGUUCGAUCGCAUCAUCACCGCGCAGGACGUGGGCUCGUACAAGCCCGACCUGCGCAAUUUCGAGUACAUGUUGAAGACGGUACAGGCCGAGCUGGGAGUCGACAAGAGUCAGGUCCUGCAGACUGCUCAGAGUCAAUUCCACGAUCACCAGCCUGCCUCUAAAGUGGGGAUCAAGUCGGUCUGGAUUGUAAGACCGGGGGCAAUUAUGGGCAACAUCAGGGAUACUAUCUACGAUUGGAAGUUUGAAACAUUGGGUGAUAUGGCACAUGCUGUAGAGAUUGGCCAAUGA